GUUGUCGGUUUCCCACAGCGCCCCUUUAAAAAAAGCUUGAAGGAAGAGAGAGAGAGUGUGAGUGUGAGGGAGCCCGUUUGCAGAAUCACAGCUUCCGAUACUGGAGCUGCGACAAGAUCCUUGCUUUGAUUAAAUUGACUCUAAUUCAAUUAGUUACUGUUACGGGCUGAAAAGAGUGAAAACAAGAUAAUAAAAGAUGGCAGGCGCAAUUAUAGAAAAUAUGAGCACGAAGAAGCUCUGCAUUGUUGGAGGGAUUUUGCUGGUUUUCCAAGUAAUUUCCUUUCUGGUGGGAGGUUUGAUCGCUCCAAGUCCAACUAUAGGAGUUCCAUACCUUGCAACAAAAUGUGUGGAUGUAAGAAAACACCAUCAGAAAUCAAAGUGGUUCAUGCCAUGGGGUCCCAACCAGUGCCCAAAGAAGAUCCAGGAAUUUACUGAAGCUAUGCAGCAACAGAUUGCAGCCAAUGACAUCGUGUUUACAAUCCACGUCCCACACCAAAGUUGGGAGAUGAGUUCCUGGUUUCAGUUUCUAUUGGUUGUUCUGCAGUUUGAGAUCGAAUUUCAGAUUGACAAUGAGAUAAGUGAGGGAGCUGUGGUGACAUUGGAUGUCUCGUUAGGUUAUCGUGAUGACCGCUUUAGUGAAUGGACAGAAAUGGCCCAUUCAAUUGAGAAACGGAAGCUGAGUUGCAACUUCUCAUCUCCAAAAAAUUAUGACAGUCAGGGUCAACUAUAUGAUUGUGAUUUGCUGCCUUUCAUGGAAUUGGGGAGCGUGGCGCACAAGUAUUACCUGAUUAACAUUCGACUUCCUGUCAAUGAGAAAAAGAACAUCAACUUGAAAAUCGGAAAACUCAAGGAUCUCAGGAUGGUGGCAAUCCAUCAGAAUGGGGGAUUCACAAGGGUAUGGUUUGCAAUGAAAACCUUCCUGACUCCAAGUAUUCUUAUCAUUAUGAUCUGGUAUUGGAGGCGUAUUACAAUGAUGACUCGCCCCCCUGUCCUUUUGGAGAAAGUAAUUUUUGCACUUGGAAUCUCAAUGACCUUUAUAAAUAUCCCAGUGGAAUGGUUUUCAAUUGGAUUUGACUGGACGUGGAUGCUGCUGUUUGGAGACAUUCGACAGGGGAUCUUCUAUGCAAUGUUGCUGUCAUUUUGGAUUAUCUUCUGUGGGGAGCAUCUCAUGGACCAGAAUGAGCGGAAUCGACUGUCUGUUUACAUGAAGCAGAUUGUGCCGAUUGGUUUUGGUUCCUUUUGCCUCUUCAUUUUCGAUCUUUGUGAAAGGGGUGUACAACUGACCAACCCAUUCUACAGUAUUUGGGCCACUGAUGUUGGCACGGAGUUGGCUAUGGCCUUCAUCAUAGUUGCAGGUAUCUGCGCCUGUCUGUAUUUCUUUUUUUUGUGCUUCAUGGUGUUCCAGGUCUUCCGAAAUAUAAGCGGCAAACGAUGUUCACUCCCAGCUAUGUCCAAAGCAAGGAGACUGCACUACGAGGGGCUGAUCUUUCGGUUCAAGUUCCUGAUGCUCGUCACACUGACAUGUGCUGCCAUGACUAUUGUAUUCUUCAUUAUAAGUCAGGUAAAUGAGGGACCCUGGAAGUGGGGAGAAUACAUUGUGCAGGUAAACAGUGCAUUCUUCACUGGCAUUUAUGGCAUGUGGAACCUCUACGUCUUCGCUAUCAUGUUUCUGUAUGCUCCAUCCCACAAGUGUUACAGUGAUGCCGAUCAGUCAAACGGUGAUCUUGGCGUAAAUGGUGGUGAAGAACUGCAGUUGACCACCACAAUCACCCAUGCUGAUGGACCAACUGAAAUUUACAGAUUGGCUGGCAAGGAAGCUCAAGAGUAAUCACUGGAAAAGAAUAGGGAGAGACCAUACCAGCAGCACAAGCCCAAUGAGAAUUUCCCUGUGGAAUGGAAAAACUGUAUAAAUCUGCUCAAUUAUACAUAGACUGAUAUUAUGUGAUAGGGACUUGUGCCUGUUGGAAUUUGUUGCUGGUGAGAUGGGACUCCUGCUUCCAGUAAUUUUACCACAACUUGUAAUGCCUGUGGAAGAUUCCAGAACUGCCUUUUUGUGAAAUGGGAUUAUUUCCAUUUUUAAGUCUGAAAGAAUUCAAGUGCACAUUUAUUUGUCAAAGCAAAUUACCAUCACCAUAGUUUAUAUCUCACUGAACAUUAAUUUCUGUAAGUAUAUAAAGUAUUGUAGCAUUGCAACUUUGUGUAGGCAGCCACCUCCAGUGCUCAAGGGAUUGGCCCUAAGUGAAUGUGCAAGAGGGAAGGAAAGAACUCGUAUUUAAAAGCGCAUUAUGAAGUCCUCUGAUGCCCCAACGCGCUUUAUAUCAAGUAACUUACAUGGAUGUAAUGGAUUUAGAUUCAAAUAUUUUAAAGAAGGGCAUUAGUGCAGUUGGAAUUUCUGAUAGACAUAAAAAUUACUGUCAGUACACUAUUUUAAAAAUGUUUUUACAGUGUACAUUAUAAACUUAGAUUAUCGGCAUACAGAAAUAUUUGUUUUAGAUGAUUUUUAAGUAUGCAUUCCUUUUUGAAGGAGGAAGAGAAACCUAAAGGAGGUUGAAUGUGUUGAUUAAUUUGUUGAGAUCCUUGGAAAUGUAUGCAGAUCAUGGGUUAUGCUAUAUGCAGACAGACUGCAGACUUUUAUGUAAGUGUAAACCAGUAAUGUUCAUAUUGCAGCCUGAACCUCUGCAUGUGUCACUCUUCACCUAUAGGCCACCUGGUGCUUGUGUUGUGCCUGGGCUUCCAUUCACAGCUAUGAGAUGUUGCCAGUGUGUUGACAAUUCUCCUGCUAACCAGUGAGAGGAAUUAGAGGAUUGCUUUUAGAUGGUAGGGUUAUUCCAACACCUUAAUGCAAGUAAAAAGCUCUUUUAAACCAUAUAAUGAUGAGUCUAGAUUUAAUUUUCCUAUUUUACUUUGGGAAAGUACCAGGCCUUCAUUCCAAUCAAGAGCACAGGUUGUGAGGAUUUGGAGGUGCAACCUGAAAGACCCUUGAGCAAGGCACUGGCUAGAGAUAUUAUCCCCUUUUACAAAAAGUCAUUAAGAACUUUAUCAUAAAAGGUGCCUUGUCUUUUUUUUCCCCUGCAGGUACUGGGGUCCAUUACCCCUAGGGGUCAGCAAUCUCCAGAAUUUUAUCAACGUAACUAUUCUGAAUCUGAGUGUUGGUUGACAAUUUAGCAUAGGACAAGGACAUAACAACUGAACCUGAUCAUGUUGAUAAACAUCUGCUUUCCAGCAAACAUCAGUGGAUACUGAUCAGGGACACAUCAGUGAAUCAUGACUGAUUUUUGUUCUUUUAAGUUUUCCCUCCUCUUCUUGGCCCAGGCCACCAAGGUCAGUUGUGACAUGGAAACUACUGCUGUAGCUGUGAUAGACUUGAGGUAAAAACUGAGAUUAUCCAGGUCUGUAUGAUUCAGCACCACACCAUAAUGUUUAUCAUCUAAGGGAUCAAGAGAAUUGUGCCCAAUGCUUUUAAGGUGUGUUUCAUUUAGUUGAUCAAGAAAAAUCUAGUGUCAAUGAAUAGAUGUGAAGUAGGACUUGACAUCAACAAACAUAAGCGAAGGCAUUAGUCAAAUAUUCAGAACAUAACCUGUUACUUAAUGUAAGCAUUAGACAUCUUGCAUCUUGCAAUAGAGAUAUAUUGCACAAUACACUAUCUCAAAUGAUAAAGUUGAAAAAUAUUUACAAUGGCUACUUUUUAUUUAAAGAAAAGGGAUAUGGCAGUCCUUUCUUUGACUCGAACACUUGAAGUGAGAAUUGUACUCCUUCGAAGGUGUAGAUAUUUAAUGAUAUAACAAUGUAGAGUUAAUAAUUUAGGUGGCAAAAGGUGGUUAGGUUUUUUUUAAACUUUAAAGUAGAUUUGCUUGUAUGCUAAUUUUAAAUAAAGUUUGUAUUACUGUGA